AUGACAGUCUCUGCACAAAACUCCCCCUACAAGGUCCUCGUCAUCGGCGGUUCCUAUGCUGGCAUCUCCGCCGCCCUCAACCUGAUCGAUCUCUGCACGGGCAAGACCCCAAGAUGUGGUGCAAGAGUUGACGAUUCUGAGGACUCCAAAAUCCCCAUUGAUGUUGAUAUCACCAUCGUUGACGAGCGGGAUGGAUUCUUCCACAUAAUAGGCUCCCCUCUCGCUUUCGCAUCUAAGAGCUAUGCCGAAAAGGCUUGGAUCAAAUACUCGGACGUUGCAGCACUGCAACGGCCAAACAUCCACAUCAUCCAAGGCACAGCAAAGACGGUGGACCCAACCACCAAGACCGCAAUCAUCAGCCGGACCGACCCAGAAGCAGUAACGCAGACCACCUCGGAUGAACUCAUCCCCUACGACUUCCUCGUCGCGGCCUCUGGUCUCCGCCGCGUGUGGCCCGUCGUGCCGCAGUCCACCCGCCGCAAGCAGUACCUCCUCGAGACGGGGUCGCACGUGCAGGCCGUGUCGGGCGCGCGUCACGGAGUCCUCGUGGUCGGCGGCGGCGCCGUCGGCAUCGAGAUGGCCGCAGAGCUCAAGCUCGUCCAGCCGCACGUCAGGGUGACGCUCGCACACUCCAGGGACAAGCUGCUGUCGUCCGAGGCCCUGUCGGACGAGUGCAAGGACGUCGCCCUGGACUUGCUCCGUGAGGCCGGCGUCGAGGUUUUGAUGGGCCACCGGAUCGCGGAGCAGGUCGAGGUGACGACUGAGGAUGGCGGCAGAGCGGUCGAGGCGAGGUUCGAGAAUGGCCACAGGCUUGUUGUUGAUAAUGUCAUCAUGGCCAUCUCCAAGAGCGUGCCGACGUCGAGUUACUUGCCUGCGGAGGCGUUGGAUGUUGAGGGUUAUGUGAAGAUCCAGCCCACCCUAGCUUUCCCACCAUCGAUUCCCAAUGCGGAAUACCACUAUGCGCCCGGCGAUCUGGCUCUCUGGUCCGGCAUCAAGCGCUGCGGCGCCGCAAUGCACAUGGGAUUCUGCAGCGCCACAAACAUCCACCAGCUGAUCCUGCAGGAAAUGAGCGCAGGACAGCACGUUCCCAAGCCUAUUCGGUUGAGCGAGUUCCCGCCCAUGAUCGGGUUGGCGGUUGGCAAAAAGGCAGUGUCUUACAGCCCAGACGCAGGGACGAAUUCGGGAGAGGAUGUGGCCGAGAUGUUUUUUGGUAAUGAUUUAGGGUUUUCGAUUUGCUGGAAUUACCUGAGGCUUGGGGGAGACAAGGAGACGGACAAGAUCUAG